AUGCAACCUUCGGAUCAAGAACUCGAACCACACCUCAGAUUUGAGUUUGAUGAUUUUGUUGCACGAGAAGCCCUUCUUGACGAAGAGUAUUGGACCGCAGCGUCGCUAAGGGCAGAAAGUGAGUGGGAAAAUGGAACUUUUAAAGAGUGUGGCCUUAGAUAUAACGAAAAUUACAGGAAGAAAUUUGUUGAUAAGGAAUUUAAUGACAUAAAAACGCGGUGCAAGGAACAAGACGGCGAGAGUAGCACAUGCAUUAUCACGGUGUGGAAGGAGGAGAAGAAUGUAAAACGCACAGUAAUACAAAGUGUCGUAGGAACCCUUGAUUUGAAUAUCCGAAAUUUGAUGCUAGAAGAAGUGGUGGAGGCUCAUGAUUGUUCCAUCAUCAACCGAACACCAUUAAGCAAAUAUGGUUAUAUUGCAAACUUGUGUGUGGCCAAAUCAGCUCGUCGCAUGGGUAUUGCAACCAAGAUGCUGUAUUUUGCUGUCCAACGUGCAAAAUCUAAUGGUGUGGCACGUGUGUAUGCGCAUGUGGACAGAAACAAUACACCUGCACAGAUACUUUUCCAUAACUUGGGCUUCGAGGUAGUUGGCUUGGUAAACCCCCUGUUGGUAAAGAAUCGAAUGUGCUUGCUUCGCUUUGAAAUGUAAAGCACCAAGGAUAUUGUUGUGCUCCGAUUGAAUAGUUUCCGA